AGAUAAGCAUUAUCCCCUUUGGAAAUCAGUAAUUGGAGGUAUGAUGGCUGGUGUUGUUGGCCAAUUUUUAGCCAACCCAACUGAUCUAGUGAAGGUUCAGAUGCAGAUGGAAGGAAAAAGGAAACUUGAAGGAAAACCUUUGCGAUUUCGUGGUGUGCAUCAUGCAUUUGCAAAAAUCUUAUCUGAAGGAGGAAUACGUGGGCUUUGGGCAGGCUGGGUACCCAAUAUACAAAGAGCAGCACUGGUGAAUAUGGGAGAUUUAACCACUUAUGAUACAGUAAAACACUAUUUGGUACUGAAUACACCACUCGAAGACAAUAUCAUGACUCAUGGUUUAUCAAGUUUAUGUUCUGGACUGGUAGCUUCUAUUCUGGGAACACCUGCUGAUGUCAUCAAAAGCCGAAUAAUGAAUCAACCACGAGAUAAACAAGGAAGGGGACUUUUGUAUAAAUCAUCAACUGACUGCUUGGUUCAGGCUGUUCAAGGAGAAGGAUUCAUGAGUCUAUAUAAAGGCUUUUUACCAUCUUGGCUGAGAAUGGCUGCUGUGAUUGUCAACAGCAGCAGGAGCCACUUUGAAGGUUUGAUAAAAGCAGAUGAAGAUGCUUAAAGAUGUCUGUUUGCUGAAAAUAUCUGGUAACAAACAGGAAUAUAUUUCUGCUGUGACUAAAAAGGAUUGACAACUAAUAAUUACAAUGAUGGACAUGCUCACUGAUUGAGGACAGAAGAAGAAAAGAACACUGGAAUUCCUUGAAACACAAGAGAAUCAUUUUCUUCUUUUUUAAUACCAUAUUCUACCUUGAUUUCCAGAAUACUACUCCCUCCUAUUGCUUACUGUUUUUCAGUCUCUAUUGGCUAUUUCUUUGGUGCUUAGCACUUAAAUUUUGGUUCUUUGAGGUUCUGUUCUUGGCCUUCAUAUCGAUUUUCACUCUCUUUCUCUCUCUAGGAAGAGUCAUGUAGCUCUAUGACUUCAGCUACUAAUAUUAGGCUAUUAAUUCUCAAACAUUCACCACUGCUCAAUAAAUGGUAGAUGUUGCCAUUAUCUGUGUUUCUGGCCCUUACUCUGUUCUCAGGCUUUAGUCAUGUUUUCUCAGUUGCCAACUAUAUACCUCUACCAAGAUGGCCACAGUCCUUGUGAGGUGACAUUUCCUUUACAUCAGUAUUUUUUGUA